AUUUCUUCUCACCACAGAGGACAAGGGAGCAUAGCCCUGUCACUAAAGAAAGGAAAAUGUGAAGUGAAAAAGAAUUUUGGCAGAUGACAGCAGAAUGCAGUCUGAAUCUUUGCCAUUAGAUGACAAUAAAUCUGACAAACUGUAGCUUUAAUCGUUUACAAUAUGCAUGCAGGUACUUAAAUACUGUUAUAACAGAGAUUACAUGUAGACUUUUAUUGUCUACAGGGGGCCUUUACCUUCAUCCACAACUCCAUCAUGGUGGACCUGUUCCUGAAUCGUGUGCUGGUGAGGAACAACUGGGACCAGCACGAACUGAACACAGAACGGGAGAUUGAUGGGAUUCUUGAAAACCAUAUCCUGAUGUUGUUUUUUGCAUCUGCUGACUGUGAAAAGUGUCACAAGUUUGUGCCUGUGCUGAAUGACUUUUUCAAAAGACUCAAAGAUCCAUUUUACAUUGAUAAUCCCGCCCUGCUCACCCUCAUCUACAUCAGCUUGGACCAGUCAGAAGAGCAGCAGGAAAGUUUUUUCAAAGAGCUGCACAAAAAGUCUCUGUUCCUAACUUAUGACGACCCCUACCGAAUGGAGCUGCAGGCCAUGUUUCAGGUGAAGGAUGUGCCGACAGUUGUGGUCCUUCGUCCUGACUGCUCUAUUCUGUGUCCAAAUGCCGUGCAGGAUAUCUGUCAUUUUGGUUCUGACUGUUUCUAUAACUGGCAAGACUCAGCUGCGUUGAUUGAAAGAAGCUUCAUGCUCAAUGAGGAAUUUGAUGACCUCAAUUUGCGAAGUGCCACUGACCCUGUAAGAAGGCUCAAGUACAAGACUGAAGAUGACAGCAGGAGGAAGAAGUGGUGGAAGUUUUGGGGAAAGGAAGGAAGAUGAGGAGGACAACAAAAGAAAAAGAACUUUUAUCAGAGGAAAAACCUGUGUAUUGCAGAGCCCAACUGAUAAAUCUGCAAGUCAAGAUAAUCCACCGAUAUGAGCUACUUGCAGAUAAAUCAGUAUCGGCCUUGAUAAUAACAGUUAA